AUGAAUGUGGGAGGAUGGCGAAGCAGAGCCCACAUCUUACAACGCAUAUCAGCAGUCCCGCCCAGCACCACGCCUCUUCCCCGUGAGAAGGAUGCCAUCAGGACAUCUAAAACUGCAGAAAUUAUCAACUUUGUCAACAGCAUGUACAAUGGAGACUCUUUAGCGUUCCUACCGAGAGGGGAUGACCUGUUACGAAAGAGAAAAGAUAAGAGUGAGCGCCGACAUUUCGCGAAGAGUCUACAGCACCUCUUAGGCGAUGCAUACAAUUUCCCUCACCCGGACAAAAGACAUGAUUACGAAGGUGACGGCUAUCAGCAACUGGCUUCAAAUGUCAGAUACCAUGUCAUAGACAAUCCAGAAGUUUUAGAAGAAUACUUUAGAAAGCAGAAGAGGAAAGCAGAAAGAAAGAAGAGAAUGAAAAAGCCCAUAUAUGACGCCUCAAUCUCCCUAGAUUAUUUUGAAUUCAAUUCUUUGGAAAAAAAGCACAAAAAGAAAUCAAAAAGGCGAUUCGAAGAAUUUGGUGAUCUUGAGAAUCUAGAACCAGUAAUCGAGUCAAUAGAAAAUACCAAGAAUCCAACCGACAUGAUAGACCAACUCAUACCCAAAUCUGACCAAGAGGGAACCUUUCAACCAAGCUUCCCUGAUGAGGAAGAAGAAGAAGAAACAACAGCCGCAGAUGAUAUAGACUUGAAGAUCAGAGAAAUAGAGAAGGAAGAAGGACAGAAAGAAGAUAAUACAGAGCAUGAUGACACACAUAAUGAACCACUGGCAUUAGGUAAAAGUACUGAGAAUGAGCCGAAUAAAGAAGAAUAUCCUCGCCCACAAAAGCAGCAAGAAAAAGAUGAUAACGUUAACGAAGAAGUAAAACAAUCAAAUGAAGAUAGAGGAAAAAGUGAGAGAGAAAAGAGUCCAUUAAGAGAAGAUAAGGAAGAGAAUAGUUACAGAGAUGAUUAUAAAAUAAAGAAAGGGAGUUACGAAGAGAGAACUACACCGGUAGAUAAGAAAGAAGAGUCGUGGACUAAGAGAGAGGAAUAUAAUAAUAAUAACGGGGAAUCUAAAGAAAGUAGACCAAGUAAACCUGAACAUAAAAGCGUUGAAAGGUACCACGAAGGUAGUGGAGGAGGAAAUUUUAAUUCCGGGAAUAAGAACCCAAGGGAAGACGACAAGAGUCAAAUAGAAGAUCAAAAGGUGGACGAAAGUGAGAAGAAGUAUAGACAGUGGGAAGAGAGUGCAGAAAAAAAUAAGAAAAUAGCAGAGAAAGACGUGGAAGAUAAAAAACUGGAGGAUGAGCCACCUGUAAAGAAAAUUGAUAAAAGUAAAGAAGGGGAUGAUAAGGGGAUAGGACAACGGGGCAAGAACGGAGGAGGGGAUUAUACUGGUGCAGGGGACCGGGGAAAAAACGAGGCAGGGGAUGACUGGCAUAGAGAAAGUCCAUACAAAGAUGAGAAACAGACUACGAAAGAAAAGAUAACAACAAAAGAAAAUGAGUGGGAUUUGAGAGAUAAGAAGAAGAAGAAAAACCAAUAUCACAGUGAGCACGAUUCGUACAAAAACAAGAGAAAUGACUAUGAUGACGAUAGAAAGAGGAAACGACCAGAAUGGGAUACAAAAAAUAUAGAUGCAGAUGAAUUUACAAAGAAACAAGAUAAGAAUGAUGAUGAACGCGGUAAAAAAGAUGAAGGCAAAACUGACAAUCAAAGAGACCACAGAGACAGCGAUUGGGGAAACAAAAAAGAUGACCGUGAAACUAAAAAAGAUAGUCGCUGGGAUAAUCAAGAUGAUUGGAAUAAAAAAGAUAACCAACGCGACAAAAAAAAUAGCGACAGAAACAUAAAAGACAAUGACUGGGACAAACCAAAUAGUAGAAAUAAAAAAGAAGACGAAUGGAAUAAAAAAGACAAUAGAAACCAAAAAGAUGACGACUGGAACAGAAAAGAUAAAGAUAUGAAUAAAAGAAACGAUGAUAGAAAUAUAGAUUAUGACAGACCUAAAAAGAAUAACCGUGAUGACGGCUGGGAUAGAAAAGAAAACCAAUGGGAUAAAAAAGAUUCGAACAGGAAUAAAAAUAAUGAUUGGGGUAAGAAGGAUGAUGAUUGGGAUAAACCGAAUAACCGUAAUAAGAAGGAUGAUUGGGAUAAACCUAAUAACCGUAAUAAAAAAGAUAAUUGGGAUAAGCCAGAUAACCGUAAUAAGAAGGAUGAUGAUUGGGAUAAGCCAGAAAACCGUAAUAAGAAAGAUAAUUGGGAUAAACCGGAUAAUCGUAACAACAAGGAUGAUUGGGAUAAACCGGAUACUCGAAAUAAAAAGGAUGACUGGGACAAACCGAAUACUCGAAAUAAAAAGGAUGACUGGGAUAAACCGAAUACUCGAAAUAAAAAGGAUGACUGGGAUAAUCCGAAUACUCGAAAUAAAAAGGACGAUUGGGAUAAACCGGAUAACAGUAAUAAAAAGGACAAUUUUAACAAAAAAGAUGACUGGAACACGCCAGACAAAAAAACAGACAAAAGAGAUGAUAACAAGAAACCAGUACAAAAAAAUGAUUGGGACAAAGUAGGUGCUCUAUCACCGAAACCGGAUUGGGGUCAAUAUGAUAUGUCGAAAAAAAAUCUAAAGACAGACAGUUCGGAGAAAAAAACUAAGAAAAAUGAUGACUAUAACACAGAUUACGGAAAACCGAAGAAAAAGAAAUCUAGUUGGGAUAAUUAUGUUCCUAAAAAUGAUGAUUAUUAUCAGCCGAAGAAGAAACAUCAUGACAUAUACGACGAAAGACCGAGGAAUAAUCCACCAGCGAACUUUGGCGCGUUUGGUAGAACGCCGAUACCAUUUGCGGGAAAAAAGAGAAUAUAUGCCGAUUAAUAAAUGUUUUGGUAGUA